AUGCCUUCCACUGUCACUGUAGCCCCUGCAACCAAGAUGCCAUCGGCUAUUCCAUUAGGUGCAUCAGUACCUGCCCUCACAGCUCAUGCCAUCUCAGUUUCUCUGCCCACUUGGGAAGACAAUAUAGGUUACGAAGAAGGUGAAGAGAGAGUUGUAGGUAAGAUGGAGACUGGUUAUCCUAGAUUCUUCAUUCAUAGGAGCAUACAAAAGCUCGCAGCUCUGUGUCUAGUCAAAUUCGGAAGACCAGACGAGCAAUGUAUCUUAUUGCCAUCACCAAAAGUGGCAAUAGCAGGACGUGAUUUCCUUGCAUCACAACACCCUUGUAUCCAAUCUCGGAUAGUCGAAUUCGUCAUUUGUCCUUCGACAAUAUCAAUCAUCGACACUUCUUCUUCAGGUAAAGCUUUAGGCGGAGUUGAUUGUAUCGAAUUACAGAUUCUAUUGUUCGAUAAAGUUAAUUGGUCAUUUGGGAAAGCUUUUUGGCAACAUUCAGGAGAUGGUAUUUGUUCGAGAUUAGCUGAAAGAGCUUUAGCUUUUUUAGGUGAAUCACCUGCUGGUUCUUCUAUCAGAUCUACAAGUCCUCCUUUGGUAAUGAUGGAAAGACCACCUUCAAAAGCCCCUUCGACCAGAAAUAGACAUUAUUCAAAACGGACAAAUUCUUAUUCUGUACCUUCCACACCUAUAACUGCAAAUACACCAAAUACACCAAGUAUACCCAAUACGCCCACAUUGGGAAGUGCAGAAGAUGACGCACCUGUGGAACCAGUAAAAGAAGAAGCUCUGACUUCAGAUCUGACCACUUACUUAGAAGAAAGAUAUGGUAGAAAUCUACCUCUAUUUAAUGCUCCUCUUGCCAAGCAAGCUCUGAAAAGAAGAAUAGCAGGCGGCCUCUUACCAAGUGAUGAAGGUUAUGGAACAGUCACAGAUGUAGCUAGAGGUGCAGGAUCAGGAUCAGGAUCAGGAAAAAAAUCGGUGAAAGAGGAUGACGUUUAUUUACAUCCUUGUGGAAUGAGUGCGAUAUGGCAUGCUUUUGAUAUUGCAAGAGUAGCAAGAAGGAGAAAAGGUGAGAAAGAAGGAAAAAGUGUUUGUUAUGGUUUCCCAUACACGGACACGCUCAAGAUCUUGCAAAAAUGGGGACCGGGAUGUCAUUUCUUGGGAAAUGGUGGUUCUGAAGAUGUACCUGCAUUAGAGAAAUUAUUAGAAGAUCGCAAAACUGAUGAACCUCGAAUCCUCUCACUCUUUUGCGAAUUCCCAUCAAAUCCAUUAUUGAGAAGUCCAGAUCUCGUCAAGAUCCGACAAUUAGCAGAUAAACAUGGAUUCGUCAUCGUCGUUGAUGAAACCAUUGGAAAUUUCAUCAAUGUCGAAGUGGUCGAAUUUGCCGAUAUCGUAGUUAGCAGUUUGACAAAAAUCUUCAGUGGAGAUGCCAAUGUCAUGGGCGGAAGUCUCAUCUUGAAUCCUAAUAGUCCAAUUUUCCAAGAUCUCAAAGAUGCUCAAGAGGAAAUAUAUGAAGAUAACGUUUAUCCUGAAGAUGCAGUUUACCUGGAACGUAACUCAAGAGAUUACAGAGGAAGGAUUAAACGUGUCAAUGACAACGCUUAUGAUGUGACUGAAUAUCUAUAUGGAAGAUCACUUCAAGAUGAAUCAACACCAUCAAAUGGAAAAGUGAUCAAACAAGUUUAUUAUCCACGAUACCAGACUCCUGACAUGUAUACACAAUGUCAAAGAUCACCGCCGACAGGAAAAGGUGGAUUUGGUGGUUUAUUCUCAAUCACUUUUACCUCUGAAUCUGCGUCAAAAGCGUUUUAUAAUACGAUUGGAUGUGCGAAAGGACCUUCUUUAGGGACAAGUUUUACGUUGGCUUCUCCAUAUACUAUUUUGGCUCAUUAUCUGGAACUAGAUUGGGCAGCAAGUCACGGUGUUGAAAGAGGUUUAGUGAGAAUAAGUGUAGGUCAAGAAGAUGAACAAGUUUUAAAGAAUUGGUUCGAAAGCGCAGUUGACGCUGCUGAAGAAGCAGGAAGGAAAGAAAAUGGACAAUAG